ACAUUCCAUAACUACAUGUAUUGGCUUGUUAAUUGCUGGAUAUAUUUUCAAUCUAUAACACACACGUUCAACACAAAACACCUGUUAUUGUGCGGAGCACUCUAGAUGGGUUACCAUGGUAACCGAGUCACAAAAUUUUAUCAUCGCCGUUAAAUAUUAACGGGCCGUGCAAUUUAAUGGACACAUGAAUUGCUACGGUUGGUCGACCCCACUUACCAGACUAAUUGCUUGGGUUCGAUACAAAGAGUUACUGGUAACGAGCGUCAAGCAAUUUGGCGUAGGUGCUUGAGGGAUAUGGAUGACUGGUCUUCAGUAGCAGGGGAAGAUGCAGCUGUGCUACAUGUUCAUAUAAGCGCAGGAUGAUAUUCAAUGAAAAGAAACUGUUCUAGUCAUUCAAUCAUCAUUUGCUCCCACUAUGGACAUUAUUCAAAACAGACUAAUUGAGUAUGAUGGAGAUAAAUAUGGCAUACGAGUGAAAAGUCGCAUUACGAUAAUUGCUUGAAGGACAUUUGUCAAUGUGGCCGUCAGACGAGCACAAUGGAACAUAGAGUGGGGAUAUUGGCAGCACGCUGACUGACGAGAUAACAAAGGACACCUUCGUAACAGGGGAGGGGUUUAAUGACGGAGCGUGUGUGCAAUUGACAACUUGCUGUAGACUUUGGAAAUAGUCAUAGAACAGCAAUGGCGAGGCAGCGCUUGUAGUGUUGAGGUUUCACUAGUUUUCAAAAUACUGUGGCUGUGAUACCUUGAAGAAACACCUGUCAAACAGCAAAGCUUUGAGGAAUAUUACAGAGGCUGAGCAACUAUCGCCUUGUGUGCAAUUGACAAUUUAAUGUAGGCUUUCGGAAUACUGGUAUAACAGCAUUGGUGAGGCAAAAUUUGAAACGGUGCGACUCACUUCUACACUCAAAACUGUGCAUGCAUCAUAUUGAAGAAACAACAGUUAAAAAGCAAAGUUGGAAUUGCAGGAUUUGCCAUGGGGAAUGUUACAGAGGAUGAGCCACUGUCGCCGUACCUCGUUGCCGUACGAACAUGUUUUGUUGCCGUAGUUGUCAUCAUGAUUAUAACCGGCAAUGCUUUGUCCAUCGCGGUAACUCGCAGCAUGCCCGGGCUUGCUGACAGCACCAAAAUAUUGAUGAUAUCGCUGGCAGCAUAUGAUCUGCUGACUGGGGUUAUGUCCAUACCAAACGUGAUCGCGUCAGCGUUUGACCGCUGGCCGUUUGGAGAGUUCUACUGCUCCAUCAAUGGAACCAUAGACGCUACCUGUUGUUGUAUGUCCAUCACUCUUAUUGUACUUAUGAACGCAGAGAGAUAUAUUGCUGUGACCCUGCCUUUCAGGUUCCCAAUUCUCUGCGCAAAACGACGCGUAAUCGCCGUCGUUCUCAUCGCCUCGGUCGUAUCUCUGGUCCUUCAAAUCUGCUUGAGUUACUUCAAAGAGGACAAUAAUCAGUUUAAGGCUGUGUUGAUUUGUGACGUGGUAUUCAAUGGCACUGUUUUAGAGAUUUCCGUUUUAUUCUUCCUUGUCAUACUCCCCUUGGUGGUGCUGACGUACAUUUACCUGCGGUUGAUCAAACUCAGUCAGAAUCAUGCCGUGAUGCUGAACAAGUGCAACAACGCGGCAAACGACACCAGUUUCCUUGACAACAAAGCUCUGCGCGCGUUCCUCGUCGUGACUAUUCUCUUCGCAGUGUGCUGGACGCCUUUGCGGGUUGUACGCGUCGUCGCAGCAAUCACAGACAAAAUGCAACCAAUCUGGCUAAGUUUUACCGCCAAGGGCUUCGCGGUCUCUAACAGCUUCUUCAACGUGUUCAUCUAUUGUUUCUUCAACCGGUCAUUUCGGCAAGCCGCUAAGCGACUGAUGAUGCGUUAUUUUCCGUGUUUCAAAAGCUCCACCGUCGCACCAAUGACCACGCCCAUUCUCAAAGAUGACACACCGCAACCAGCGGUGCGUCGGAAAGGCAGAGCAGCGUUCAUUUCUGUGGAGCUCUGACUAAAAGGGAAAUAUUGGUGUACAAUAUGACGACGACUUAGCUCUCUCUAACAUGAACACCAAUGGAAACAUGUACUGUCUGAAGUUAAAAACUGAGACAGGUACCGGCGCGGUACAGAAGCAGAGCUUCAAAAUGUUUGUACUUUAUCUGUAUGUAAAAUGUCAGUGAUAUGAAUUGUAGGAAAAAAAUAAAUAGGCCCUUUCGAACAAACAAAAGUUGGUUUUCCAGAUAAAAAAAAAAUAAUUUGAAUGUAAAAUUAGAAACGUAGAGAGGAAAACAACAACUGGAAAGAGGAGUUAUAUUUUUUUACAGACAAGUUAAGAUCUUGCUUUAUUACAUCUGGUUACAAAUUGGAACAAAAGACAUUUGCAUGACUUUCUCUCUUGAAUGCCUACACGUACAUGU